UGUUAAUAAGUCAUGCACAUCAAAUCUUAACCUUUUUUCUUUGUCUCUCAACCAUUUUAAGUAACUAAUUUUAUUAAAUCAGAGUCCCAAUUGCUAUCCAAGUAGAUUGGAUAGUAGGAGUUCUUAGGUGGAUGUACUAAAAGUGUUUUAUUUAGAAUAAUUGGUGAGUGAUUUAAGAAAAGACAAUCAGCACUUAUUCGAUCAAAUGGAAGAGAUGAGAGUUAAAAACUUCAAUAGGGAACAUGAUUACAUAAAUCAACUCAAAGAUUUACAAGAACAACUCUUGGAUAUUUAAGCACUGAACAAAAAUUAUGAAUACUAGAUCUAAUUUUUACAAACGAAAAUAUCUUUUCUAGAAUAAAACCCUAAACCUUUAGAUCAAUAUCUAACCACUAGUACAGGUAACCAUUUAGAUGAUAUUAGAUCUAUUUAAUUCUAAAAUUUAAUCUGAAAGCGGAGAAUCUAAUCAGUAAACUCGAAGUCUCAAUACUAAUUUGGAACAUAAGAAUAUUCUAAUCAAGGAGUGCGAUGAGAUGAAAAGCAAAUUCAAAUUUACACAACUUGAACAAUCUAAUAAAAUUGAGUAAUAGAAUACUGAAAUUCAAAAUCUAAACAAAUAGAUUAAAAAAUUGGAACUUCAAUUAAUCAAUCAGUAAAAAUAGGUUACUCUAUAUUAAAAUGAAACCUAAUAGUGGAGGGGUAAAUUUUUAUAAUUAAAUAAAACUUAUAAUAAAAGUACAGAGUAAUUGGUUUUAACUAGUGUUGAAUUAGAUACUGCAAAAAAAGAAAUUUAACAAAUGAAUGAGCUUCGUAGCAAGAGAAGAAGUGUUGGAAGUAUAAUUUGA